AUGAAUGACCCGGAACUUUUGCUUUACCGGUCCAAUCUUCUCGGUUCUGACAAGCGCAUCACCAAUUAUGGCGGCGGCAACACGUCCGCCAAGGCCAUGGAGACGGAUCCUCUGACCGGCCAGGCGGCGGAAGUCCUUUGGGUAAAGGGAUCGGGCGGAGAUGUCGGCACGAUCAAAAUGGAUGGAUUUGCGACGCUCUACAUGGAAAAACUCCAUGCGCUUAAAGGGCUAUACCGCGGCGUUGACUUUGAAGACGAGAUGGUCGGCUAUCUGCCUCACUGCACGUUCAAUCUCAAUUCGCGCGCAGCGUCGAUCGACACGCCCCUGCAUGCCUAUGUUCCGAAAAAACACGUUGAUCACAUGCACCCGGACGCCAUCAUAGCGAUUGCAGCCGCCAGCGACAGCAAGGCGAUCACACAGGAGAUAUUCGGUGACGACAUAGGCUGGCUUCCCUGGAAGCGGCCUGGUUACGAACUCGGACUCUGGCUUGAAAAAUUCUGUAUUGAGAACCCAGACGCACGUGGUGUCGUUUUGGAAAGCCACGGCCUUUUCACGUGGGCCGACGAUGCAAGAGACUGCUAUGAGACAACGCUGGAAAUCAUCAACAGCGCAAUCGCCUGGUUUGAAAAUAAGACGGAUGGCGUUGACGCGUUCGGCGGUUUGAAGCACCGGGCCCUUGCCCCGGCCGACCGUCGCGCGGUUGCCGCACGGCUGAUGCCGGCCAUUCGGGGAAUGAUAUCAGGCAAGCAACACAUGGUCGGUCAUUUCGACGACAGCGACGCGGUGCUCGAAUUCAUCUGUUCCAGCGAUAUGGAGACCCUUGCGGCGCUCGGCACCAGUUGCCCGGACCACUUUCUGCGCACAAAGAUCCGGCCGCUGGUCGUUGCAUUCGAUCCCGCCAAACCAGACGUAGACAGGACACUGACCGGGCUUGAAGACGCGAUAGAUGCAUAUCGCAAGGACUAUUCGGCCUAUUAUGAGCGCUGCCGCCACGACGACAGCCCUGCCCUUCGUGAUCCGAACGCGGUUGUCUACCUUGUGCCAGGUGUCGGCAUGAUUACCUUUGCCAAGAACAAGGCUACUGCCCGAAUUUCCGGAGAAUUCUACACCAACGCCAUCAACGUGAUGCGCGGUGCGUCGAGUGUUUCCACCUAUUGCGGGUUACAGGAACAGGAAGCCUUCGACAUCGAAUACUGGCUCCUUGAAGAAGCAAAGCUGCAACGCAUGCCGCAACCCAAGAGCCUCGCUGGCAAGAUCGCGCUCGUCACCGGAGGGGCCGGCGGUAUCGGCUCGGCAACGGCAGAACGGUUCUUGCGCGAAGGAGCCUGUGUCGUACUCGCCGACAUCGAUGAGGAGGCACUGACACGUACGGCGGACACCCUGAUUGCACGGCAUUCACGGGAUGUCGUGCGCACCGUCGUGAUGGAUGUGACCAAAGAAGACGCUGUUGCGCAGGCAUUUGUGGCUGCGGCCAUGGAGUUUGGCGGCAUUGAUCUUCUGGUGUCCAAUGCCGGUAUUGCCUCCUCCGCCCCGAUCGAGGAAACCACCCUGGAUCUGUGGAACCUGAACAUGUCCAUCUUGUCGACGGGUUACUUUCUGGUAUCGCGCACUGCGUUUCAGAUGAUGAAAACACAGAACCUGGGUGGCUCCAUUGUCUUCAUAGGGUCGAAGAAUGGCCUUGCAGCCUCACCCGGCGCGAGUGCCUAUUGCACGGCAAAGGCUUCGGAAAUUCAUCUGGCGCGCUGCCUGGCACUGGAAGGCGCACCGGACGGCAUCCGCGUCAAUGUGGUCAAUCCAGACGCUGUCCUGCGCGGCUCGAAAAUCUGGUCUGGCGACUGGCUGAAGGAACGGGCGCAGGCCUAUGGCAAGGACACUUCGGAACUGGAGGACCACUACCGGCAGCGGUCGCUUCUGAAACGGUCCGUCCUUCCGGAAGAUAUUGCCGAGGAAAACGAUGCGCGUGCGGCGGAGCUGAAGCGCGACUAUGAAGCACUCGGGGAACAACUUGAUCGCCGGGGAAUUGCCAUUGAAGAAAUCAAGGACAAGGUUGCCGCGUACGGCGUCGCGAUUCCUUCCUGGGGCGUUGGCACCGGAGGUACGCGGUUCGCCCGUUUUCCAGGGAAAGGCGAACCGCGUCACAUCUUUGACAAGCUUGAGGACUGUGCCGUCAUCCAUCAGCUCACCCGGGCCACACCCCGGGUUUCAUUGCAUAUCCCCUGGGACAAGGCAGACCCGGCAAGCCUGAAAGACAAGGCGGCUUCGCUCGGCCUCGGUUUCGACGCCAUGAAUUCCAAUACGUUCCAGGACCAGGACAAUCAAUCCCAUUCCUACAAGUUCGGAUCGCUGACACACACGGAUGCGGCGACCCGGCGCCAGGCGAUUGAUCAUAAUCUUGAAUGCAUCGAGAUCGGCAAAGCCAUCGGUUCGAAGGCAUUGACAAUCUGGAUUGGCGACGGGGCGAACUUUCCCGGCCAGACCCAUUUCAUCAGGCAAUUCGAGCGAUACCUGGAAUCGACCAAAACGAUCUACUCUGCCCUGCCGGACGAUUGGAAGCUGUUUACCGAGCACAAGAUUUUCGAGCCGGCUUUCUAUUCAACCGUGGUUCAGGACUGGGGGACGAACUACCUGAUCGCGCAGGAACUCGGAGACAAGGCAUAUUGCCUUGUCGAUCUUGGCCAUCACGCGCCCAACGUGAAUAUCGAAAUGAUCGUUGCGCGCCUCAUACAAUUCGGAAAGCUCGGCGGAUUUCACUUCAAUGACAGCAAGUACGGCGACGACGAUCUCGAUACCGGGUCCAUCGAUCCCUACCGCCUCUUUCUGGUCUUCAACGAACUCGUGGAUGCGGAGACGCGCAAUGUUUCCGGUUUCGAUCCGGCGCAUAUGCUCGACCAGUCCCACAACGUGACCGAUCCGAUCGAAAGCCUGAUGAUCAGUGCCAUGGAGGUCCAGCGCGCCUAUGCCCAGGCAUUUUUGGUCGACCGGCAGGCACUUGAGGAACACCAGGAAAGCAAUGAUGCGCUGAUGGCGACAACUACGCUGAAACGCGCCUUCCGCACGGAUGUCGAACCGAUCCUGGCAAUGGCGCGAGCUGAAAAAAACGGUGCCAUCGAUCCCGUCGCCACGUAUCGCACCUCCGGCUACCGGGCCGCGAUCGCAGAAACGCGGCCGGAGGUCUCUGGGGCUGGUGGCGGCAUCGUCUGA